GGAUACUUACUUAAGAAUGUUUUGGCCCUGGUCCUGCAAAGAUUUAUGCAUGUGCUUGACUUUGAUGGGAGUAUGUGGAAUGUUAAUCAUACACCGAAAUCUAAAUUAGCCUGUGAAUUAAAGCUGAAUUUUAUUUUCAUCCUCAGUGGUGAAUAUAAAUGAAGACCCUUGAUAAAGAAUGAUACUCUGAAGGAUAAAACUCAACUGCGGAUGAAUUCAUAAAGCAUUUGCUGGAAUUUGUGGUGCAGAUGGUGAUGGAAUUUCCUGAUAAUGUGCUAAACCUUGAUGGACAUCAGAAUAACGGUGYGCAAUUGAAGCAGUUUAUUCAGCGUCAUAGUAUGCUUAAACAACAGGAUCUAAAUAUUGCCAUGAUGGUGACAUCACGUGAAGUUUUGAGUGCGCUUUCACAGUUGGUCCCGUGUGUUGGCUGUCGUCGUAGCGUGGAACGUCUGUUUUCUCAACUUGUUGAGUCUGGAAAUCCAGCACUUGAGCCCCUAACAGUAGGGCCAAAGGGGGUUCUUUCUGUAACUCGAAGCUGUAUGACUGAUGCAAAGAAGCUUUAUACACUAUUUUAUGUGCACGGGUCCAAACUGAAUGAUAUGAUAGAUGCAAUUCCCAAAAGCAAGAAGAACAAGAGGUGUCAGUUACACUCCCUGGACACGCACAAACCAAAACCUUUGGGGGGCUGUUGGAUGGAUGUGUGGGAACUCAUGUCCCAGGAAUGCAGGGAUGAAGUAGUUUUAAUUGAUUCUAGUUGUCUUUUAGAAACAUUAGAAACAUAUCUACGAAAACACAGGUUUUGCACUGACUGCAAAAAUAAAGUACUUCGGGCCUACAAUAUUCUUAUUGGUGAGCUAGACUGCAGCAAAGAAAAGGGCUACUGCGCUGCACUUUACGAGGGCCUGCGCUGCUGUCCCCACGAGCGUCACAUACACGUCUGCUGCGAGACAGAUUUCAUUGCACACCUGCUGGGUCGAGCUGAACCAGAGUUCGCAGGAGGGUAUGAACGAAGAGAAAGACAUGCCAAGACAAUAGACAUAGCCCAAGAAGAAGUUUUGACCUGCCUGGGCAUUCAUCUUUAUGAAAGAUUGCACCGAAUCUGGCAAAAGUUGCGAGCUGAGGAACAAACRUGGCAGAUGCUUUUCUACCUGGGCGUCGAUGCUUUACGCAAAAGCUUUGAGAUGGCUGUGGAAAAAGUGCAGGGUAUUAGUCGAUUGGAACAGCUCUGCGAAGAGUUUUCAGAAGAAGAAAGGGUACGAGAGCUUAAACAAGAGAAGAAGCGCCAAAAACGAAAGAACAGGCGGAAAAAUAAGUGUGUGUGUGAGGUCCCUGCUCCUUUGCAGACAACAGAAGAGAAGGAAAUAAAUCAAGCCAAGGAAAGUUCAGAUUUCAUCGAAAAUAGUUGCAACGCCUGCGGUAGCGCAGAAGAGGCUAACAAUUGUGUAGAAGUAAUUGUUACUAAUGAAAGCACUUCUUGCACCUGUCCUAGUAGUGGUACCCUAUUAGGCUCACCUAAAAUAAAGAAAGGUUUGUCUCCACAUUGUAAUGGUAGUGACUGUGGCUAUUCAUCUAGCAUGGAGGGCAGUGAAACAGGAUCUCGAGAGGGAUCAGAUGUGGCCUGCACGGAAGGCAUUUGUAACCAUGAUGAAAAUGGAGAUGAUUCAUGUGUCCAUCGCUGUGAUGACAAAGAGGAGGAUGGAGAUAGCUGUGUGGAGUGUUGGGCUAAUUCAGAAGAGAACACAAAAGGCAAAAACAAAAAGAAGAAAAAGAAAAGUAAAACUUUGAAGUGUGAAAAUGAACAUAUGCAGAAACUUGGAAGCUGUAUUGCAGAUCCAGGUAACAGAGAGACCUCAGGAAAUAUGCACACAGAGUUUCAUCGUGAUAAGACCAAAGACACACAUGCUGAAAGCUGCUGUAGCUCAGAAAAAAGCGGGCAGCAGUUGCCUUGGUUUGAGCAUAUGAAAAAUGUGUCACAGUUUGCUGAACCCACAGAAACGUCACUUGUUCCUGAUACUGGAAAAGGUGCCAAGAGCUUAGUGGAACUCCUUGAUGAAUCUGAAUGCACUUCUGAUGAGGAGAUCUUUAUCUCACAAGAUGAAAUACAGUCCUUUAUGGCAAACAACAAGUCUUUUUACAGCAAUAGAGAACAAUACCGACAGCAUCUGAAGGAGAAAUUUAAUAAAUACUGCCGCUUAAAUGAUCACAAGAGGCCCAUUUGUAACGGUUGGUUGACAACGGCUGGAGCAAACUAAAUACAAUAAAAUAGCUCUGUCUUUCAUUGAAAUUCUCAAGAUGACUACUGCGCCUUCUCUUUCUAAAACUUAAUUUAGUGACUUAUGGCAAAAUUUUAUCUUAAAUUAAUGUGAUUUUUUUUUCUUGUUUUUCUUUGGGGGGAGGCUGGUGGAGGUGACUUCAUUAAUUUUGUUCUUUCUCCAGGCUUGUAUCUUUAGUUGAGUAGCUGUGCAAGCCUCUCUUAUAAUUUAAACCAUCUCUUUUCAUUAAAUGUUUCUCUUACUGUGAGACUUACAAGAAGCAAACUAGUGGCAAAGUAAUGUUGUACCUAUAAUUCUGUACAGAAUGACAAUGAGCUGAAUAUAAGAUUUUACAAAGUAGACAUCCAUUGGCAAAAUGUUUUGGAUGUAAUAUGUUAAAGCGCAAUGUGCAAAAUUUAAAUAAAGAAUAUUU